AUGAUAUCAGAAACACAAUUCAGGAGAGAUUUGAAUGUGAAGUUUUGUCAGACUAGCCUAGUUCAUGAUCUCAGUGAGUAUGGGAUACAAUUUCUUUAUGAAGCUAUUCGAUUGUAUAAGGGCACAAAUAAGAUGAACAGGAAGCAAAUGGUGAAGUCCCUCCAAGAGAUAGCCAAUAAACCAUUGAGUGAAUUACAAUAUGUUGAGUUAUUGGAUUGGUUUGAGGAUUAUUGCAUUUAAUAGGCCAAGAAAUUUUAAUAAUUAAAAAACAGAAGCUUAUUCACCAAAUCAAUAUAAGCAAUCAAGAAUGAUCAGGCUAGAGAUUAGAAUGAACAUUAAAAUAAAGAACUCUCUUAGCCAGUUCAUAAGAAAGUGAAAAUUAACAAUGAAGAUGACAAUAAUAAUGAUGUGCAAAAAGUGAAACCAGAAAUAGAAGAUGAGCCUGAAUCUAUGUCAGAUGAGAACUAAUCAAAUUAAAAUUAAGCUGACUAAUUGAUGUUACUCUUACUAUUGACAGCAGUAAAUCAAUAAUCUAAAGUUAUAGAUAUUCAAUCAUAGGUAAAACAGAAAACUAAUAUCAUCAAUGAAAGAUGCAGGUACUUUCCCAAUUGUACCAACAAGCAUUGUCAAUAUAUUCAUCCAAAAAUUAAAUGCAAAUAUUUUCCUUAUUGUAACAAGGGAAAUCAAUGCAUUUAUGUCCAUCAGCAAUGUAAGCAUGGGAUUCAUUGCAAAAACCCAUAAUGCAGUUAUGAUCACCCAUACAAAAAAAAAUGAUAUCAUAUGAAAUAAAUAAUUAACUAGAAGAUUUAAUUAAACUAUUUAA